AAGGGGAAAAAGGGCCGAGGGAGGCUCUCGGGGAUGCACGUCGGUACCUCUGAUUAUACUACUACAAAGGGUGAAAAAGAUCGCAGCACUGGUUUUUCACCUAGAAGAACUCUACGCCGUGCCGCGUCUCAUCCUGAUUCCCAUCAUCAUAGGAUAACUUCUUCUUCCUCUACUCUUCAAAGGGAAAAUCGUCGUGCAGAGCCCACAGUAGACAAGCAGUUGUUCGGGGAACCUAUAAAGGAAUUGGGCAGUAAUCUGGGUCCAGUUGAUGUGACUGAUACCAGCGACUCGAACGAAAUCCUAGCUGCACAAGGAACCUUCAGUCUCAACUUCGUCGAUUUCGACUUUGCAAAUGUUUUCUCGGCACACGUGCGGAUGCUUUUAUUGGCGUUUGGUGGCGGAGUGUUAUUUUUAAGGAUCAUGUUAACGGAGUCUUAGUCUUUCAAAAAGACGAAGCGGUCAAUUUUUUUUUUUUAGGGUACUAUGAAGUCCAUGCUUAUCGUGUCGAGGCCUACUUGAUGUUACUCCUAUUCAGCUGCGAAAUCCAUCCAUGUAUCGUGAAAGACCCAUCUAAAACUGUCGGUCACCUUGGGAGCAGCAACGCAGGCUGCGGCUGGACGGAGAUUCCCAAGCUCUAAUAGAAUCGUAAUCACCGAGCAAGAAGUAGUGCAACAAGCGGGGUAUUAUACCUUAUGGAAAUAAACAUAAGUAAAAAGCAUAUUCAACAUAGCUGCAUUAGACGCAGAAAAAGAGGCAAAAUUCUGUCUACGAUUCCGAUAAUAACAAGUAGUACUAGUUGUAACUGAGUAGAUUCCAGAAGUGGAUUUACAUUUGUGAGAAACAAGAGGAAGCACAGCCUCUAUACCCAGGUCUCCAGCCACUAUACCCAGGAUCCUUCUCUUCUGUAUCACCUGGGAUCUUUGUCUACAUCAACUUCAACUACACUACAGCCUAGGUACCUAAACCCUAAGCCCUUUCUAAUCUCCUCUCCCGACAAUCGACCAAAAGAGGCAGCAGCUGAGCAGAUGGAUCAGGAUGGUACGCAAUUGCUACACGUGUUGGGACACGCAGGAAAGCCUAGAAAACGACGUCCAAGUAGUCCACAAGUAGCGUCGAUGGAUGGGACAUCUGCUCCACAACCUGAGGCAAAUAUUAAGGAGCAGACGAAAGAGGAUACGAAAGAACCUCCGGAUAAUGCUCCUUCAGCUGCUGCUGUAGUGCCGAAAGACCCAGUUGUUAGUAGCCCACCAGCAGAACAGAACAAGGAGAAUCCUGCUAGUAGUAGUGCACCUUCUACUUCUGCUGUAAUAAAACCGAACAAAACGACGACCUCUAGUCAGCCUAACAAGCCUGUGGCGGUUGUGGAGCAAAAAGACCAAGAAGUAGAACAAUCGAUUAGUACUACUCUACAACAACAACAGCAAGAACCUGUGGUGGCAGUAGGGACUGUCGUUGUCGGCACUGGUCCUCCAGCAGACAAGAGUGACGACGACAUCUUCGGUCAGAGCGUGACCAUGAAGAACGACAAUGCAACGGACCAAACCAACAUUGAAGAUAUGGGAAGUAGUAUGAGCAUGGGCGGAAGUAGUAUGGUCAUGGGUGGAACGAGUAUGGCCAUGGGCGGAAGUAGUAUGGUCAUGGGUGGAACGAGUAUGGCCAUGGGCGAAAGUAGUAUGGUCAUGGGCGAAAGUAGUAUGGUCAUGGGUGGAACGAGUAUGGCUAUGGGAGGUAGUGCUGCUUUGGGAGGCAGCAUGGCGCUGGGAAGCGGUAGUGCUGUGCAAAAACAGUUAUGCUGGGUGAAUUGCUUUUGCUGGUACGUACACGCUGCAUGUGCGUACAUGAUAAAGUAGAUAACUCGUUUUUUCCUUCGUGAAAAACAAUCGCUCACUACACUUUUUCGAUAAACCAUAUCUACUCAUAAAAAUUAUGCUAUUAAUAUUCAUAGUUUACUAGGGAAGUAAUCUACUCGAAGAUGCCCUUGCUUCUAAUCCUGCCAAAAGCAGAACCUCCGAAGACUACCGCCUCGAAUCAAAGCGUUGCUUUCGGUCAAACUAAGAGCUCUCGUGCUGGCCAGGAAAAAGAUGUUUCGUUUGCAGGCAGCAUGGCAAUUGUUAAGGGAGGUAAUGAUAACAGUGUCAUAAUUUCAGUAAAUGAUCAGUGUGGUCCAAGAGGGUUUCAACGGUGGAACUAGAUAAACUACAACUUCUACGGUGAAACUAGAUAAACAACUCGUUUUCGAGUGCUUUCCGAGAGUCUGUCAUAGAAUAUUUACAAUACUCCAGUACUCGUUUGCUAUGAGUAUGGCUAUGAUUCUGUACGCAACAUCCCUUGAUGUGAUGAAUGCAUCUUCCUUCCCAAUCCACCCAAGCUGCUCUAAGAUCAGAGGAGACCCUCAGUCCUCUUCGAAGAAUGCCAGCAUAGCAUUCGGUGGCAGUAGAGAUGAAGGUCCUCCCGUUUUCAAUAUGGAAGCUGAUGAUCAGGAAGCUAUCAGUGGUAGCUCUAGCAUGGUCAUUGGUGGCUCUAUGCAACCUGUGGACCUGGGUACUGAUGCUGGUGCCAUGAUGGGUAGUGCUGUGAUGGGCAGUGCCAUGCUAGGUAGUGCUGCUGCCUCAUCUACUGCAGAAGCUGCAGUACCUGGAGUUGUACCUGUUGUACCUGGAGUUACGUACUCGAAUACUCAAAAUAAGCAAGUAAUUAACACAAUAGCUGAGUAAGUAGAUGCCUUAAAUGAAGUAGACUUAGUUCUUUGAUGGGUUUAGGGUUGGCGCCUCGAGCCUGAUUCGUCCCGGACGGCGCGGCUGGGCCGUAGAGCCGCGGACGUCAAACCUUGGACCUUUGAUGAUCCUAGUCGAUAAGCCUUUUGUUCACCCUACUCCUUUACGUCUGCAAGGCAGUAGUUGAAGGCAACUACCAUCUCCUAGCUACCACCUACCUGUACUACAACUGUCACCUCUAAAAAUAACACAGCCCUCAAGACUACAGCCCCAGCACCUGUAUCCCUUUCUAGAUCUGCAGCGCGUCCUAGCAAUAUGCCAAAGACGCAGAAGAGCGGAAUCAGAAGACUGAGGACGCAUAGGAGUGGAAAUCAGACGCAGAAGAAAGCUGAAACUACUGAGGAAGCUGAAGUGACAAGCGAUGCAGCAGCAGCAACAGCAGAGAGUGAAUCGGGGAAGGCGGAUAAGAAAUCUGAAGCGACGAAAGACGUCAAGAAAGCUGCAGCGCCAAAGCCAAAAGCAGAUAUAGAGAAAACGAAUACUACUUCAAAGAAAGCUGUAUCAAAGGCAGAAAGAGAUGUAUCCACAGAAGCGCAGCGGCCUCCGAUAGCUGAAGUGACGACCGAUGCAGCAGCAGAGAGUGAAUCGGCGAAGGCGGAUAAGAAAUCUGAAGCGACGAAAGAAGUCAAGAAAGCUGCAGCGCCAAAGCCAAAAGCAGACAUAGAGAAAACGAAUACUACUUCAAAGAAAGCUGUAUCUUCAAAGAAAGCUGUAUCACAGGCAGAAAGAGAUGUAUCCACAGAAGCGCAGCGGCCUCCGAUAGCAGCAACGGAAGCAGCUAAAAAAGGUUAAGACACAUCAUUGUCAUUGCUUUUCGGUUACACUCGAGCUGUGUCCAUUUUUUCAUAUUCAAAAAUAUCGUAACAGUAAGACGAAAAUAACGUAACAGUGACUGUUUCAUAUAUUUCACCCAUUCAAAUGAUUUAGAUUUACUUCCCAUUCUUCAUAGCCAGGCAAGCGAGGAAUCUCUGCAAGAGGCAUCCCUGGAGGAGGCAAUGGGAGGCAGUAGGAUUCUUGGCGGCGCUGUAGAUCCAGCGGAGAAAGACGACGGCUUCGAGGAUAGCGAUGUCAGUGAUUUCGAAGAGUUAUGGCUCUUUCUUUGGUGCUCUAGUAGACGUAAAGGAGAUCAUGGUGCCCAUGUUCAGAAAUGUGAAUAAGAUUGCUACCGCUUUCUUGUUGUAGGAGCCUCCUUCCCACUAGGAGGUGACUACUUCUAGUCAAAAAGAAAGUUACCCCGUAGAUGCACACAUAAUAAUUGUUACUGACGCUAGGUGAUCGCCUUAUUAGACCGGAGAAGCUACAAUCCUUAUCCUUGAGGAUAUGCAUAACGUGGUACGUUGUGCAUAUGCCUGAGAAUAUUCUAGACCAUCGCAGCAGUACUACGAGGUUUAAUUAUAUCCUUAGAAUUUUUUGUAAGUACUAGUAGUACCACUUAAUAGAGUUAAAAAAACUACCCUUCUCCAUAAGACGGAGCGUCUAUUCAGCCCCUGGGUCAUCAAUUUGACGUGCAUGGUAUGGUAUCUGCGGAGAAGAAGGACGAAGACACGCAGAACCAAAAAAAGUGAAGAAUUGCCGAUGAUGUCAGUGAAGGGCGGAAGAACUAAAUUUCGACACAAGGGGGCCUUCUAGAAAAAAGAGGUGGAAAUCAAUGCUGGAUGUCACAAGAAGUGCUCAUGAUGUCACAAGAAGUGGAAAUCAAUGCCGAUGAUGUCAGUUAAUAGUCAAGUCAAGUUAUAUCUUAAUCUUUUUCGCGGAUUUCACAAGCAGUCGAGUCAAGUUAUGUCGUUUUCACAGACGGACCAUCGUGCCUUUCUUCUACUGCGCUCGUGUUCCACUGCC